AUGGCGUUGCAGACUCCUUUGACGGAGCUGCUCGGGAUCAAGCAUCCGAUCAUGCUGGCUGGCAUGAAUGGAGUCUCGCAUUCAGACCUGGCUGCAGCGGUGAGCAAUGCAGGUGGAAUUGGGUCAAUCGGUGGAUUGACGAUGACACCAAAAGUCCUCACGAAGGAGAUCACCUGGCUGAAGAAUGCCUUGGCUGACAAGUCUCUUCCGUUCGGUGUCGACCUGGCCAUUCCACAGAUAGGUGGCAAUGCCCGAAAGACGAAUCACGACUACACGCACGGCCAUCUUCCAGAGCUGAUUGACAUCAUUGUGGCGGAAAAGGUAAAGCUGUUCAUUUGUGCCGUUGGGGUGCCUCCACAAUGGGCUGUAGACAAGCUUCACGCCGGAGGGGUUGUCAUUGCCAACAUGGUCGGCUCCGUUCGGAACACCCAGAAAGCCUUGGAUGCAGGCGUGGACAUUAUCAUCGCCCAAGGCACGGAGGGUGGAGGCCAUACUGGGGAUAUUGGCACUAUGUGUCUAAUUCCGCAAGUGGUGGAUGCAUGCCGAGGGCGCAGAAAUGCUUUUGGUGGCCCUGUAGUCUGUGUUGCGGCUGGUGGCAUUUUUGACGGCCGCGGCUUGGCGGCCGCAUUGGGGCUGGGCGCCUCCGGUGUUUGGGUGGGCACCCGCUUCAUCUGUGCCGAAGAGUCUGCUGCACCACAGGCCCACAAGGACAAAGUCAUCGCAGCCGGAAGCCAGGAUACGUUGAGGACCCUGGUGCUUUCUGGUCGACCACUGCGCUUGAUUCCAAACGAUUGGGUCCAGAGCUGGGAGAAGGACCCGGCCAAGAUCAAGGAUCUUUGUGAUCAGGGUAUCGUCCCCCUGACCCAUGACAUGAAGGAUCCCGAGUCCGACUCAGAGAAGCGAAAGGGCAUAUUCGAUGCAAUUAACAGCUUGGCUGGGCAAGCUGUCGGAGGUGUUCGAAGUGUCGAGCCUGCACAGAAGAUUGUUGAGGAUAUGGUCACGCAGGCUACCGAGGUGCUGCGGGGGAAUGCAUCAAUGAUCAGCAAGCUGUAG